AUGUUGUCCUUCAAGCGGGCCCUUGUCUUCGCCGUCUUCUUUCUCACAGCCUUCAUAUUACUACGGCGCUCACAUGGCUCGACCUCGGAAGACGACCAAAUAGUGCCUGCCCCAAAGAAGAGGCCCGCCGGCGCCGAAAACUCGUCACACAAGACUACGUCCACCUCGUCGACGUCCGAUCAUGGCGCUCCGCUGCGAGAGGUACACGUCUCCGCCCAGAAGGCCCUGCAAGACACGUCCAAGAUGUCUCUGUACGACAGACUAGCCUACCAAUACCCUUAUGACGUCGAGACCAAGUUCCCGGCCUACAUCUGGCAGACGUGGAAGUGGACGCCUGCGAAUGCCGAGUUCGAUUUCCGCCCGCAGGAGGCCUCGUGGACCGAGCUAAACCCCGGCUUCGUACAUGAAGUCAUUACCGACCAGGUCGCCGCCCACCUGCUACGCGUCCUGUACUCCGCUGUUCCCGAGGUCCUGGAAGCGUACGAGGCCCUUCCGCAGCCUGUGCUGAAGGCCGACUUCUUCCGCUAUCUAAUCCUGUUCGCGCGAGGGGGCAUUUACUCGGAUAUCGACACUUCCGCGCUGAAGAGCGCCCUGGAAUGGAUACCGGAUUCGGUGCCCAAGGAGAGCAUUGGUCUGGUGAUUGGCAUCGAAGCCGAUCCAGAUCGCCCGGACUGGGCUGAUUGGUACAGCCGACGCAUCCAGUUCUGCCAAUGGACGAUCCAGUCCAAGCCUGGACACCCGGUGCUGCGCGACAUUGUGACACGCAUCACAAAGGAGACACUGAAGCGGAAGGAGGCCGGCCUGUUCAUCUCCAAGCAGAAAAGCGUGGUCGAGUUCACGGGGCCUGCGGUCUGGACCGAUACGAUAUUCGACUACUUCAACGACGACCGCUUCUUCGACAUGAGCUAUAGCAGUGGCAACAUCUCGUACGCCAACUUUACGGGGAUGGAAAUGCCGAAGAAAGUGGGCGACGUGAUCGUUCUUCCCAUUACGAGCUUUUCGCCCGGUGUUCAGCAGAUGGGGGCGAAGGAUGUUGAUGAUCCUAUGGCGUUUGUUAAGCACAACUUCGAAGGGACGUGGAAACCCGAGGCAGAGCGCCACAUCGGCGACAGCUAG